CUCCCUGGCCUCUGUUCCUUUAAUAAACUCACGGUUAUCUGGUGUAACAAAUGUCUCGCUGCCACCGUCAAGUCCGGGCGAGGAGGGAGGAGUUUUUAGUGUUCAGUUUGUUCUGCGGAUCGAUGUCUGCCGGCGUCGCCGCUCCGCGCGCGUAACAUCACCGUAAAGAACCUCGAACCUCGAUUCCUUCCUUUCUUUUUUUCUUUUUUUAAAAACCCAAACGCCUCUCGCGCGCGCGUUCCCCUCCGCGUGCGAACCCGCCGAAGAGCCGCACGCACGCACGCACGCGGAACUGACUGACACGCGCCGAUCAACGUAUGUGGCGGCAGUGAUGAUGGACCGAAGCGGAUGGCGAAAGGAGACGAUUCGCUCCCUGUAAGAGGAGGAGGAGGAGGAAGGAGGAGGAAGGAGGAGAAGAAGAAGAAGGUGAAGGAACAAGCGCGACGGAACAUUUGCUUCCCCGUUGAAAACGAUUCCUGGUUGGAUUUUUUUUUUGUUGUUUUACAGUGAGAGAGACUAAACUACUGCGAGAGCCCGAAUAAAGACAGGCGCGCGCACGCACGCGUUCCUUCUCUCUCUCUCUCUCUCUCUCUCUCUGUGUGUCUCUGUGUCUCUCUCUCUCUCUCUCUCUCUCUGCAUGGACUAUCGUUCUCCGCAUUCAGACUCCACCUGGGCACGUUAGUGAACCGCGACUCCGAAACGCACGAUGCCGCGGCGGAAGCAGCAGGCGCCCAAACGGGCUGCGGUGUACAUACCUGAUGAAGACGGCGUCCUUCAGGAAGCCAUCCCAGAGGAAGACGGCGAGAACGACGCGCAAACUGAAGAAGAGUGCUCAGAGAAGACCAGCCCCGUAGUGUCCGAGGACAAAGAGCUGGACAACAAGAGCACCAACACUUACAGCAACCAGAACUCUCCCAUCAGCGUCCUGUCCAAUCAAGAGGCCGAGCUGGAGUCCCGCCUUAGCGACGCGAGCGACAGACUCUCCGACUUCAAGACCGCCUCGCCGCUUGAGGUCCAGAGGGACGUCGAGAGCCGCAGCUCCAAACACAAAGACGAGGUGGGCGGCAGCCUGGAGAAGAUGAGGGCGGCCUAUGCGAACUUUCUCUCCGAUUCCUACUGGACCGGCAUCGGGAUGGACUUGAAAAUCGGCAAGAACGCCAGCAAAGCCAACUGUGACAGCACCAACGGCAGCACCAAGAGCGAGUUUGACUGGCACCAAGACGCGCUGUCCAAGACCCUGCAGCAGACGUUCUCCCCGAAGCCCGCGUGCAAACCCAACCUCUUCAGCUCCGUCCACCUGUACCGGCAAACGACCAAACCCUGCGGCUCGCUGUUCACGGGAGCCAGCAGGUUUCGCUGCAAGGACUGCAGUGCCGCCUACGACACGCUGGUGGAGCUGACGGUGCACAUGAACAAGAGCGGCCACUACCAGGACAACAACCACAGCAAGCAGGGCAAUUCCUCCGCUUCCUCUUCCAAGUCAAGGAAACGGAAUUUGCAGGACAUGGAGGGAAAAGAGGACGCGCAGAAGGUUCUGAAGUGCAUGUUCUGCGGUCACUCUUUCGAGUCGCUUCAGGAUUUGAGCGUCCACAUGAUAAAAACCAAGCAUUACCAAAAAGUGCCUUUGAAAGAGCCGAUCCCGGUGAUCACACCCAAACUGUUGCCGCCGUCGAAGAAACGGGCCUUUGAGACGGUGCGACCCUGCUCCCCCGACUCCACAACUGGGCUGUCCGGCUACACUGAGGCGCAGCGCGCCGCUGCCGCUUCCAACGCUAACAACAAUCGCUACGGCUAUCAGAACGGAGCGAGCUACACUUGGCAGUUCGAAACGUGCAAGUCUCAGAUUCUCAAGUGCAUGGAGUGCGGGAGCUCCCACGACACCCUGCAGCAACUCACCACGCACAUGAUGGUUACCGGGCACUUCAUAAAAGUCACAAACUCGGCCUCGAAGAAGGGUAAACAGCUAGCGCUCGACCCCCUGGCGAUAGAAAAGAUCCAGGGUUUAGCCGAGUCCGCCGCCAGUGACAACGAGGGAGAAAAGGUGUCUCUGAAAACCCCUUCCCCCGGGAGCAGUGAGAGGGAUAGCCAGGGGGAAGGCACGUCGGACAAAAUGGAGGAAACUGAAGCUAAAGAUGACAAGCCAGAGAGCGGGGAUCAAAAAGCAGACAAUGGGACUUUUAAGUACCCUUAUCUCCGCGAGGAGGAUCUUGAACAGGACUCAGGGGGAGGAGGGGACAUUCUUAAAUCGUUAGCCAAUACCGUGGCCUCGGCCAUCAAUAAAGCUCAAACGGGGACGCCGAGCUGGAGCGCCUACCCCAGCAUUCACGCCGCCUACCAGCUCUCCGGCAUCAUCAAAAGCGCCCCUCUCUCUGCCUCCCCCCCUACUCAGCUAAAGCAGACAUUUAACCACAAGCUGAGGCCCAUCGCCCCAAAGGGGAAGUUGUACCACGGUGCUGUGGGAGUCGAGGCUCCCCAGGGACAGCAUCAAAACGCGGACGUCAAAAAGGAAAAGGUCGGCAUUAGCGACGGUAGAGAAAGUCAGAAUAUUAAGUUUGAUCUGGUAGACAAUGAUGACAGCGAUUGUCAGGACGAUUCCUCUUCCUCUUCAAAGCUCGAUGCAGACUGCGUGAACGAAGGCGGCGACGCGAUCAAAGGGAAGUUGAGCCCAGAUUUCUCUGACAGAGGCAAGACACCGAGCCCGUCUGCCAGCAACGGACGCAGCGCUACUUCAGAGCCGCUCGGUGACACUCCGGCUCUCCUCGGCAUAAACCCUCUCAGCGCACUGCAGUCAGUUCUGAACAAUCAUCUGGGCAAAGCCAAUAAGCCCAAUAAUUCGAGAGCAGAUAAACCAUCCGCUCACACCAAGUCUAUUUUUGCCGACAUUAACCGCGGCAGCGAGAAACCAGCGUCGAUGCUCGGGGGCGCUGUAAGAAAGCGGCCCGAAAGCGCCUUUCUCUUUGCUAACGAGGACCAGCCAAUAGACCUGACGAAAUCCAAACCCAGCAAGCCGAGUUCCUCGCUGCUGCAACCCUCGGCGCCGAUGUCUCAGAAAUACGCCCUGUCCGACAUUGCGGACAUGGUGAAGGUUCUUCCGAAAGCCACGACGCCAAAGCCCUCCGCGCCGUCGAGGAUCCCGACGAUGAAACUGGAGUCCGACGUCAGGCGCUUCGAGGACGUGUCGGCCGAGGUGUACGCCGUCCACAAGCGCAAGGGUCGACAGUCGAACUGGAACCCUCGGCAUCUUCUCAUCCUGCAGGCUCAGUUUGCCUCCAGCCUCUUCCAGACGUCCGAGGGUAAAUACCUGCUGGCGGACCUCGGCCCCCAGGAACGGAUGCACAUCUCCAAGUUCACCGGACUCUCCAUGACCACCAUAAGCCAUUGGUUAGCGAACGUAAAAUACCAGCUCCGGAAAACCGGAGGGACCAAAUUCCUGAAGAGCAUGGACACCGGGCACCCCGUCUUCUACUGCAAUGACUGCGCUUCUCAGUUCAGGUCCCCGGCCGCCUUCAUUUCCCAUCUGGAAACCCACCUGGGGUUCCAGAUCAAAGACAUGUGCAAGAUGCCCGUAGAGCACCAGACGAAGGCGGAGGAGCCGGAACUGUCGAAGGCGCUCGGUGUCCGAGCCACGGAGGCUCUAGUGACGGACGAAGACAUUGACUCAAAGUUCAAAUGUAAGCUCUGCUGUCGGACAUUCGCCAGCAAUCACGCGGUCAAGCUUCAUUUGAGUAAAACUCACAGCAAAUCCCCUGACAACCAUUCACAGUAUGUGGAAAUGGACAAGGAGUGAAUUUACAUAUUGUUGUCAAUUUUUUCUCCCCCCCCCUUUUUUUAUUUCAACACACGGGUCAGAUAUUUCCACACUUUUCCAAUUAGCUUUGUGUAGUGCAUCAUUCUGAUUUCAUGGAUAGCAAAGACACACUGGUUAGAAAAUUGUAUAAGGAAACACUACGAGAUACUUUUGCACCCUGCUCAAAUGCAUCACCAGUAAUGAAAUGCAUUACUGCUCGAAGAAACAUAAUUGCGGAUGUUUGCAUGCAUUAGCGUUGGCUAUGACUACUAUUUAUUUGUAUGAUAUGUCAAGUUUAAAUUGUAUUUCAAAGACAAAAUAAUUAACUAAUUGUACUUUACAACUUCUGUGAUACCGAACGCCUGCAUACAUGCGCAGCUGUUUUAAACAGGAAGCCCAACACACGACCACACACAUGCAGACCUGUAAAGUGCAUUGCUAUGUAAAGAUGUUUUGUGUUGCAAUGAUAGAAGAGAAAAAAGCACUUUAAUAAAUGUUUAAUCACCAGUUUAGACUCGGAUUCUGUAUAUGACUCAAAAAUAUUUAGACGGUUUGGCAACAAGGAUAUUUCACGUGUAAAUAUAUUUUAGAAGAAAAGAAAAAAAAACAGCGUUUCAUGCAAAAAGGAUAACAGCAAAACAGAUGUUACCUGUGAUACCUGCACCUUUUUUUACUUAUUCAAAUAAAGAGUUAACAUUUGAUAA